CUUGGCUUUGUCUAAAGAAGGUAAACCAAAACACAUCAUACUGCUUCCAGAAUGAGUGGAUUCAGGACUUUGGAUUUUAUCAAACCGCUCAGCUCUCUCAUCCCAGAGGUUGAGCUACCAUACGAAAAGGUUGUCUUUGAUGAAAAAAUCGUCUACACCAUUGGUGCUGCUGCUAUCUACUUGUUACUUUCUCUCCCACUCUCUGGAGUGAACCCAAACAAGAUCGCAGAUCCUUUCUACUGGGUACGUUUGCCAUUUGCUUCAGAAGCUGGUACUUUGCUUGAAUUUGGUGUUCUUCCGAUAGUUACUUCUGCAUUCUUGUGGCAAAUCUUAUCUGGGUUCAAAUUCAUUAAAGUAAACUUCACAAACAUUUAUGACAGACAAUACUUCCAAUCGUUGCAGAAGGUUUUUGCAGUUUUGAUUGCUAUCGUCUACGCAUCUCUUCUUGCCAUUUCAGGCUACUUCCAACCUAUCGAUGCAUUCGCCAAGACCGCAGCAACAGCAGGUGCUACUUUCUGGGCCAACACCUUAAUCGUUUGUCAACUUGGCACUGCUACCGCUAUCAUCUGUUUAAUGGUCGAGCUACUUGAGAAAGGUUACGGUUUCGGUCCUGGUGUUAUGGCUUUUAUUGCAGCCAAUGCCGCCACUAAAUUAUCGGGUUCAUUGUUUGGUAUUCUUUCUAACCCAGCAACCCUAGAAUCCAAUGGUGUUGUUAUUCAAUUGUUCAGGAACAUUUUCAACAAGCCAUUUACAAAUGCCAUUUAUGACGUUUUUGCUCGUUCAGGUGAAGCUAACUUCAUUCAAGUUUACUUGGUCAUAGGCGUAUUAGGUUUAGUUUCAUACCUUCACCAUUUUCGGAUGGACGUCUCCAUCAAAUCUUCCAAGGUGCGUUCAAUGGUCUCAAACUAUCCAAUUCGUCUAUUCUAUUGUGGUGGCCUACCAAUCUUGUUCUCUUACUCCUUACUUUACAAUGCCAACAUCUUGACGUUCUCAUUGACAAAGAUUUUUGGAGGCUCCCCAUACCUUGCUUCAUGGGAGAUUGACCCAUUCUCAAAGAAAACUUAUGAAUUAACAUCAGGUCUCCUAUAUUUCCUAUCAACUUCAAACUCUGCCUGUUGUGUUUAUUUCAACAUUCUCAGAAUUGUUGCAUUCACGUUGUUUGUCACUAUAACUUCCGCAACAUUUGGUCGUUACUGGUACGCAAUGAGCGGAUCCAGCGGUAAGGAACUUGCCAAGCAAUUCAAGGACCAAGAUAUUGUUGUUGUGGGUCAUAGAGAUGCUACUGUUGGCAAAGAAUUGAACAAAAUGAUUUCAUCUGCCUCAGUUAUCGGAGCUACGCUUCUAGGUGCUAUUAUCGGAUUUGCAGAGUCAUCAGGUCUUGCCAAGGGUUUGGUUGCUGGUGUUGUGGUUGGUGUAUUGUGCUCACUCAGUUUGUUAGAGCAAGUCAUGAGUGAAUUUCAACAAAGUGGCGCAGCUAAUUCACAGUUCUCGCAAGUCUUCGGCGUUUAAAUUGAUGGUUCUGAGUACUCAGACCUUAUGCACCUCAUAAGAAAACCUAAGAUAACAAAGCGAAACAAAAAUAACAAAGUAAAAAGAAAAUCAUUAUUCACCCUCCGUCAACUCUGUACUCUCUUUUUCUAUACUAUAAUACAUUUAGAAAAUUUAUAAUUAAUCCCCUCAAAAGUUUAUCUCUCACAUCA